GCACCCCUUCCCCCAGAGCCUGGCUCGUUUGCUGUCUGGGGGUGCAGAGUCCCCGCAGGAGGGGUAGGUUUCCCGCCCCCCCCCAUUUCCCACUUGGGAGGAACUGAGGGGAAGUGGGAGUGAGGAUUUCGGCCCAUGGACCUGCUUGGAGGUCAAGAUGCAGUGACCUCCCCGUGGCUUCCUCCUGCCCCCCAGCCCGUGCUGGGCACCCCUUUCCUUCAGGAGUCACCUCAGAGCCCCCAUUGUCCAUAGGCAGAUCCCCCGCAAGGCCCUGUCACCCACACCUGGCCCCAUUGGGCACCUGCACGCCUGGCAGGUCUCUCUUCCCAGGCGUAAGCUCGCCUCCUCCGGCAACGCCAGCCCGCCCCUCUUCCUCCGUCCCCAGUGCGGGGCAGCGCCCUCGGCUGAGGAUGGGGGAGGGGCGGGCUCUGAAGUUAGUUGACUCUGUGCGCCCUGUUUGCGGGGUUUUCCCUGGGGGCUUCUGGAUGGGGACUGGAAGGGCAGGGUUGAGGCCUCCAGCCUCAGGUACCACUGGUGCUGGAAAGCAUCACCCAUCUGUACUGGGGUGGAUCUGCCUGGUCCUGCGUGGCCUGUGGGUCAUUGGCCCAUCUCGGGAGAGGAAACACGCCUGCCCGUUGUCACCAGGGACUGCAGCUCGGGUGCCCUGAGACAGGGAGCCAAGAAGGUGCUGGCGGGCAGCAGGGGGCGCCCAGGGGAGGAGAGGCCCCCGUGCCAACUGACCCCCAGACCUCCACCUGCCCUCCUGCGGCAUCCAGGCCCUCACAGGGCAGGGACAGCUCCACUGGGGACACAGCUGCCCUCCUGCAGGCGUGCACAGGUGGUGGGCAGCUUAGGGCCAGGGUCCUUGAGUCAGGGGUGUCUCCUGGUGAGUAGGGCUGUGUGCGCCCCCUGGGGCGCUCUCCCUCCCCCUCUCCAGCUCUGGGUGGGUGCUCAGGGCUCCCCCAGGGGCAGUUUCUGUGGCCCCAGGGGCGGUCUUGUUGGUCUGGGGGCGGUCCUGGGCAGAGGCAGGGCUGGCUCUGAAAGGGGAAGGUGCUUCUGGGCCCCCCUGGCCGGGGGGCCGCACCCAAGCCUCAGCCGUGCAGCCCAGCCCGCACCUGCCCAGCUGAGGGCCCGGCUCCCUGCUUCCCUGGCAGGCGCGCCUCCUGGUCUUGCAUCUGGGCCCCUCCCUGCUCCGCCUCCCCCUGCAGUGUGGCCAGGGUCUGUCUGUGUGGCUGGGCUGGGGGUUGAGCCCUGCCUGCCCCCCAGGCUUCUGGGCAAGUCCUGCCCUCCUGGGGUUCUCAGUUUCCCCAGCAGCACCACAGGGGGGCCUUGGUUUUCCCCUUUGAUGAGCUACAGACCGAGGCCUGGUCUGCUGUCGCUGGCCUCUGGGCAAGACGCCGAGACCGGUGGAAGAUGCUGGCAAAGGGCUGUGCAGGGCUGUGGGAACACCUCCCCCAGCCCCGCCGCAGUCGGGGAAACAGGCACGUACAGGGUGCCCUGCCGGAGGUCCCGGCGCAGGCCGGGGGCCUGCAGACCUCAGACCCCGUGACUCCUCUUGGCCCCAGCCUUCUGGAGGUGCUGAGGGCGUCUGUGUGUUCUGGCUCCGGUUUCUUCCUGCAACAGGCUGGGGCAGGGCAGUGGGGGUCCUGCUGCCUGGGGACCCCGAGCCGGGGUGGGUGGGCAGCCCGAAGCGGGGGUCCUUGGCCGUCCUGGUCAGGUCAGGGGUCAGUAUGCCACAAGAUGUCGGUCCCGCGUGAGCAUCCCUUUCUGAACCGUCCCGCUCCCAUUAGGGAGUGGGUGGCAGCAGGUGGUCGGGGGCUCUGGGAGUUCUGUCUGGGGCAGAGAGGUGUGGCCUCAGCCACUAAGCGGGGCCGGGGGCAGGGGAGAGGCCUGGGGGCCCGGUCGCACCUCGCCAUCGUAGGCCCUGCCCCCUGUCUGCUCCCCGGCUGCCCUGAGGCACCGCUCCUCCUCCUUGGACACCAGCCUCAGGGGGUCCCCGGUCAGUGGGGCCACCUACCUGAUGGGCUGGAGCCUGGGGGGAUGUGGGGCUUGCUGGAGCUUAAGGAAACUGAUUACAGUCGUUGCAUAGAUGUCAGUGGGCAGCUUGAGGAGAUGUCCCCGGGGGAACGGCACCCAGCCAGGAUGGUCCCUGAGCCCUUGCAUUCAGUCCCCCCAGCCCCGGCCUUGGGCCCUUGCAGACGUCACUUCUGGCACAGGGGAUACAUUUUGCCAUUCUUGAACUUCGUAGAGAUGUGUUCUCCCCGUCUCCUGUGGCUGUUCUUGGCUGGGAGGGGCGUGUCACCCCACCAUGCCCGGCCCCCACCCCAAGAUUGUGCAGGCUGCCGGGGGAGGGGCUUCUGGACACAGGCUUGGCCCCUGUGGGCACCCAGCCCUCCACCCCGUUCCAAGGACCUGGCCAGCUGCCCGGCCAUCUGCCACCCUGAGCCAUGUGGCUGGAGGGGCAGCAGUGGAGGGCCGGCUGGUACCCUCCCCACAUGGGCCUCACCAAGUGGCCCCACCUGUCAAGACCUAGACCAGCCCCCAGAAUGUGUGGACAAGAAGAGAGACAGCAGGAAGUGGGGAGGACAUGCCAGGCAAUGGGCUGGGUUCCGGUGGGGACAGGUGGGCAGGGUGUGCGCCCCAGGUGUGUGCGAGGGAGACAGGGAGGCCCCGGUGACCACAGGGCUGGGACGGGGGACCCCGGUGGGCGGGCUGGGCUCGUCUCCCAGGCUGUCGUGGGCUUGGGGUCUGCUCCUGGGCCCCGCCUGGGCCUCUGUCUGGCCCAGGCAGCGAUGAGUGGGGCUGGGGAUGUGCAGCGUGGGACACGGGGAGGGUGGGGGUGGCCCCACUGCUGACGUCCCGGCCACCGUGUCCUGGGAGGGACCUGGAGUGCCCAGCCUUCCCAGGACUUCAGCCCCACUUGUCCUGAGUUGGAUGUCCUGUCUGGGUCCAACAGGGCCCAUCUUCUCCUGUACUUGGAGGCUGUAAUCUUCCUGCCAAAAUGUUUUAAAAGCUGCCUAUGCAGAUUUCAAAAUUACAGGUAGUUUUAUUAGCCACGCGCAUGCGUCCCGUGAGUGCUGGGCUUCUGGUGACUGUGAUGUGCUGGAACAAGGGGCGCCUGGGGCUUCGGGGCAGCGCGUCGGUGACGUGUGUGCGUGUUUGGGUGAAACUGUGUGAUGGUGAGGGACGUGGGCUGUGUGUCCGCGUCACAGUGCGUGUGACGGCAGCACCUGGGUGAGAGCCGGCGGGUGUCUCUCCUGCCACCUCGGAGCUGGAGGUGAGGAUGCUUUGUGGAGUCUUAAUUGAAGAAAUCUUGUUUCCACCAAAGCUGGGGGCAGCGCCCAGCCCCUCCAGGAUACCCCCGACCCGGACGCCCCCCCCACCGCCUCCACAGUGACUUUGCCGUGGUAUCCUCCCCGUGCCCUUCCACGCGUCCCCACGGGGCCAGGGAGCUCGGAGGGGCUCAUUUUCCUGCUGACUGGAGCCAUCCGCGCUGCCCUUGAAGGCAGAGCCAGCUGGGCAGCCCUUUGGUUUUAAAUAACAAUUCUCCUCUCUGCUCAGAGGCAGCCCCACCCACCCCGCUGGGGCCCUGGCCUGGGGGCUCAGCCCGGAGACGUAACCCUCCCAGAGGGGGCGCUGCUGGGCUCUGCAGGGGACGGACGUGUGUGGGCUGGGCGAGGGCCCAGGACAGCCUGGCCGGUCGCUGUUUCCUGCAGCCAGAGUGGUCCGACUUCAGCUCCCUCCAAGGGGAGGCUGCCCCCACGCUCGCCCUCCCUGGCCUCUGCCCCAGGGUCCCUCCCCUGCCCCAGUCCCGGCCAGAGGCCAGGGGAGCCCUCUGCCUGCGCAGGUCUGCAAGGGCCCCGCUGGCUGCUCCCAGCUCAGCCUUCCCCCCGGCGUCCUUGGAGAGCUCCCCGUUCCUCACCUGCAGGUCGGGUGGGAGGGUUGAGGGAGCCAGCACGUGUCCCAGCCUCUCUGUGUCCCAUCACGGCACCCCCUGGGCAGGUGUGGGUGCCCAGAGGCGCUGGUGGCCAGCCUUGCUCCCUCAUGGUGGCCUUGCCAGCGGUCAGCACCGUGGACAGCUCUGUCCCCGCACCGCUGGCCGGGGCCUGCCACACGGGGGUCAUCCCCAUCCCACAGGUGGGGGCACACACAUCUCCGUACAGCCAGCAGACCCCACCAUACCUGGGUCUGUGCCCCAGCCCAGCUCUGCGGUGAGGCUGGAUCCUCGGGGCCGUCACCCGCUGCCAGUGCCCCCAGCCCGGCUGCUGGCCCCCCAACGCCCCCCACCCCACCCCCGGGCACACGCCCGGAGCUGCAGCCCCCACCCCGCCCGAGGAGGGCUCAGAUGGGAUGCGGGCCAGGGCACGAGAGCCCUGUCCUGUCUGGGAUGCUUAGUGCUGCCACCCAGGCCCCACCCUCAGCCAGGAGCGUUCAGAGUGGGUGGUUUAUAAUUUUUAGACAGAAGCUCUUGUUUUUGGUGGAAGGUGCAAAGGGGGAUGGGGUGGGGGUCAGAGAGGAGCCCUGUGUUUGCCCUAAGCUUACCAGACCCCCACUGGGGCUCUCCUGGCCUGCUUAGCCAGCUCCGGGCGAGGCCCAGAGGGACCUUAGACGCCAGCGGGAGGCCUGGGCCAGAGCCCCGGGCGCGCCCACCCCUCGGGGACCCCGCGGCUGCUGCUGCUGUUGGGCUGGGAGCUGCACCACCGCCCCCCGCCCCAUAAUUGCGGUCUCUUGCUGGCCCGGCUUCACGCACGGUGUGUGCUCCCCGGUGCGUUAGUGAGAGCGGAGCAGCGUCCCCCAUCCCCACCCCUGUAGCCAGGGCUGCCUGCUGAUGGGGGUGGGGUGAGUGAGUACACGAGGGGAGGCCCACGGGGAGGCGGAAGCCUCCUCAGGCAGGGGUCUCAGGGCCCAUCCGGCCUGAGUCUGGGGUGGGGGGUCCUUGCCAGGGUCAAGGUCAGAUAUCGAGGAGGCUUCUGGGCCCGGGGGGUGCGGGGCCCCAUGUGAUGCCCAGUUUUGAGUGGGGCAGGGCCCCCAGGGCUGCCAGCCCGUAGGCAUCAGUCCCCAGGUGGUCUCCCAAAGCCCAGGAUGCUGUAGGUCCAGGGGUUGGCUCAAGAGUCCCGGGGUCUGGAGCCAUAGCGCCCUCGGCGCCCUGCUGCCGCCCCCCCCCAGGCCAAGAGCCGUCCCCGCAUUCAUCACCGCCUGCCCUUCUCUGCCUCUUCCUCCUGUCUCAAUCGAUUUUUGUAAUAAUGAGCAAUUAUGGAGUUCAAUAAAAGCUCCAGUGGUCGAGGGGAGGGGGCCAGGGAGCGGGCCGGCAGGAGCUCCAGGGACUGCACCUCCUAGGGAAGAGCUGGGGCCGAGGGUGUGUGGGGGGGAUCCAGCCCCCAUAACAGGACGAGACUGGGAGGUCAGCAAGGCAGCGAGGGUGCCCGGGCUCGCCCACAGGGAUCUGGUGGGCUGCUCACCUCCUGCCCCCCUGUCCCUUUCGCCCUG